AUGUUUGGCCUGGCCGGGGCAGGGCACUGGGCAGCAGUCGAAACUUUCAAGGAGUGGCGCAUUCAGCAGCUCAUGGCUGCCCGCAUGGCUGACCGCACAGCCAACUCUCCUGCCUCCCAUGCACACAUGGCAGCAGACACAGGUGCUGGAGAAAUCGCAACCGAUGGGAGGAGUGAAACCACAGCAGGCACAGCAGCUAGUGCAGCCACUGCAGCAUCUUCUUCCCCACCAGAAACCACUGCAGCGCCCCUCUCACAAUCACCACCAGCAGCAGCAGCAGGAACCCAGGCAGGGGCACUGCAGGGGAAGGAGCAGGGCGUGGGGGAGCGCGGCGAGCAGGCAGGGGUGAAGGCGGCAGGGCAGUGGGAGUGGCCCGAAUGGCUUCCUGUGAGGCGGUUAGGCGAGGAGGAGGUGAAGCAGCGGCAGGAGGAGUUCAGACGGAGAGUGGCUGUGGCACAAAGGCUGGAAAUGGCUGGAUCAGGGAGGGAGGGAGGUAUGGGAGGUGCCGAGGGGAGGGAGAAAGGCGGGCGAGGAGGAGGUGAAGCAGCGGCAGGAGGAGUUCAGACGGAGAGUGGCGGCGGCGCAAAGGCUGGAAAUGGCUGGAUCAGGGAGGGAGGGAGGUAUGGGAGGUGCCGAGGGGAGGGAGAAAGGCGGGUGAGGGUUGGCACGGGGAAGGAGCAGGGCGUGGGGGCGCGGGGCGAGCAGGCAGGGCAGUGGGAGUGGCCCGAAUGGCUUCCUGUGAGGCGGUUAGGCGAGGAGGAGGUGAAGCAGCGGCAGGAGGAGUUCAGACGGAGAGUGGCGGCGGCGCAAAGGCUGGAAAUGGCUGGAUCAGGGAGGGAGGGAGGUAUGGGAGGUGCCGAGGGGAGGGAGAAAGGCGGGCGAGGAGGAGGUGAAGCAGCGGCAGGAGGAGUUCAGACGGAGAGUGGCGGCGGCGCAAAGGCUGGAAAUGGCUGGAUCAGGGAGGGAGGGAGGUAUGGGAGGUGCCGAGGGGAGGGAGAAAGGCGGGUGAGGGUUGGCACGGGGAAGGAGCAGGGCGUGGGGGCGCGGGGCGAGCAGGCAGGGCAGUGGGAGUGGCCCGAAUGGCUUCCUGUGAGGCGGUUAGGCGAGGAGGAGGUGAAGCAGCGACAGGAGGAGUUCAGACGGAGAGUGGCGGCGGCGCAAAGGCUGGAAAUGGCUGGAUCAGGGAGGGAGGGAGGUAUGGGAGGUGCCGAGGGGAGGGAGAAAGGCGGGUGA